UAAACUGUACGUGUUUUCUGAGUGAGACAAAAUGGCUCCCGAAGCAGACGACGAUUAUUUGAAGCAGAUCAAAAGUUUGAACUAUUAUUACUGUUUAGUGAAAGAACAGAUUUUGAUUCAUCAGAGUCCUGCCUUGGGUGUGUUUCCUGUCAAUACUGAUGUCAAGGUCAAGGAGGCAGGGGUCAGAGAGAGUGUCUACUCUGCCGUCGCGGUCUGGGCUCUAGCUCUAGCAUACAGGAAAGUUGAUGAUGAUGAUGGGAGGACUUACGAACUGGAACAAAGUGCAGUAAAAUGUAUGAGAGGCUUGCUAUACUGCUUCAUGAGACAGGCUGACCGAGUGGACAAAUUCAAGAAUGUCCAGAGCGAGGAGUUUGCGCUGCAUUCUCGCUAUGAUCUCAACACGGGAAACACCCAGCCGGACAACUACCACCAUCUCCAGAUUGAUUCUAUCUCACUCUACCUUCUCUAUCUGGUUCAGAUGAUCUCGUCUGGUCUCCAGAUAAUUUAUACCCUAGAUGAAGUGAGUUUUGUCCAGAAUCUUGUAUACUAUGUGGAGAGAGCAUAUAGAACUCCAGACUUUGGGGUAUGGGAGAGAGGAAGCAAGUACAAUACAGGCAAGAAGGAGCUCCAUGCAAGCUCUAUUGGCAUGGCUAAGGCAGCCUUGGAGGCAUCCAAUGGCUUCAAUCUCUUUGGCAAGGAGGGCACCUCGUGGUCCAUCCUGUAUGUUGAUCCCGAUGCGCAUGCCAGGAACAGGACUACUCUGGAGAGUCUACUGCCCAGAGAGAGCAGUUCAAAGAACACAGAUGCCGCUCUCAUCGCAACCGUCAGCUUUCCAGCGUUUGCUCUGGAUGAUGAAUGCCUUGCUGAAGUCACCCUUGAUAAGAUCAAGCGCAAGCUGCGAGGGAAGCACGGCUUCAAGAGGUUCCUCAGGGAUGGGUACGGCACGGUGCUGGAAGACAAGAAUAGGAAAUACUACAAACCCACCGAAGUAAAGUUGUAUGACAUGAUAGAGUCGGAAUGGCCCUUGUUCUUCAUCUUCAUGAUGUUGGAUGGCUUAGCCAAGAACAAGACCGACCAAGUCGAUGAAUAUUACAACCUUCUCAAACCACUUCUCAAGCAAACGAAAUAUGGAAUGAUUGUGCCAAAGUACUAUUACAUACCCAAAGGAUCGAUAGAGGGAGAGAAACACCAACCUGGAAGUCAACUUAGGAUAGCUAGUACAGAGGGAGAAGGGAACAACGUCUUCCUAUGGGGACAGUCUAUGUACAUCCUGUCCUGUCUACUGAAGGACGGGUUGGUCAAGAUGAGUGAGUUAGACCCAGAGGGACGCUAUCUCGGUUCGUCUCUCUGCAAACGAUACAGACACAACACCAGGCACUCAGCCUUUGAGAUGAUUACAAAGGACAUGACUGUUCAGAUGGUGUUCAUAGCAGAGAGUACUCGUCUUCAGACUACGCUGGCAACGUACGGUAUCCAGUCUCAGACUCCAACUCAGAUUGAGCCGAUCGAGAUCUGGUCACCUUCUGAACUCAUCAAGGCUCUUGCCUUCCUCGGUCAAAACAAGAAGCUAGGACUGACAGGGAGGCCCAACAGACCAAUCGGAAUCAUUGGCACAUCCAAGAUCUAUCGUCUUCUCGGCAGGACGGUUAUCUGCUACCCUCUACAGUUUGACCUGAUGGAUUUCUAUAUGUAUCAGGACAUCAACUUUCUUGUGGAUGACAUCAAGAGCCUGGUUGCAUUCGUGAGGAAGAGCUGGAACUAUGCUGGAAGACCUACUCUCUGUCUUGUUAUCAGAGAAGAGCAUUUUAUGGGCUCUGAAGGUAACGCCAUGCUGGAGAUGCUUGCCUCCUUCAAGCGAGGUUCCUGCAACGGAAUCCGAGUGAAGGUGGACAGACUACAGACCCUGAUAGCCUCCUCAUCGUUGGAACAUCUCGACUUCCAGAUGCCAGAAGGAAGUGCUGCCAACAUGCUGUUCAAACCCUUAGAGGAACUCAACGUAGACCAUCUACCCUUUAAGGCUCUCAAAAAAGCGGCUUCAUACACUUCUCUUGUGCAGAAAGAAGAGGUCCCUCUCAAUAUCAAGGAGUUGGAGACCCGAUCUACAUGGGAGGUGGUACAGGAGCUAGAGAGCAGAUCAAUGUUACAGAACCAGGCUGAGAUACUUGGGGUGUUACUGGAGAGGGAAGGACUGAACUUUGUCUUUGAUGGAGCGAGUGUUGAUGAGAGGAUGUCCAUCCUAUACCAGAAGGCUCGUAUCCUGAAGGACUGGUCCACCGUGAGAUACUGCGCUAGCAUCAUGAGGAAAGUGGUGGACAGUCUCGCUCCAUCCGUCACCUCCAUGCUCGCCAAUGGCAAAUUCAUCACGGUUGGUGUGUUUGGCCAUGAGGAGGAGCUGAUCAGCCGCCCUAUCAACCCGAGCGAGAUCAAGACCAUCAUCUUUGAGCGAUGCCAGCGCUACAGCGUCCGAGAGGCCGUCAUGCAGCAGGAGAUGAUCAUCGCUCUAGGCAAGCUCAUCUCAACCAGGAAGGAUCUCUUCCGGAGUGUACUCAAGAUAAGAGUAGGAUGGUUGUUACAUGCGAUGAAGUCUGAACUAGAGAUCACAUGGAAAGAGACAGUGCCGAUUCACAGCCUGUGUCCAUCGAGACUCAAGGAUCUGAUGUGCCAUGUCCUGGAGAUCAAGAUGACGACCCUCACAGACCGUACCUGGCUCCAGAGACGUCAGUUCAGUGGUGCCCUCAACAGGACCCCGGUACGCUUCUAUGACAAGGUGUGGAACAUCUUGGGUCGAACUCCAUCAGGUUUGAGCAUCGCUAACUACUACCUGCCCCAGCAGCCCACACUGUCUGACAUGACCCAGACUGACCUGAACUUUGCCCUCCGCAUAGAGGAGAUGUUUGGACGCAUCUCUCAUCCAGAGUAUCGCCAGCUCAUGGUGGAGCUCUUGUCGGUGGUUGCGACCAUCCUGGAGAGAAAUCGAGAGCUGCAGUUUCAACACACAGUCAACAUGGAUGCUUACAUCCAUGAAGCAUUUGGCAUGUACAGAGAAGACAACAUGAAAGGAUCGAACCACGACCCAGAUGACCUGACACCAUUCUACAACCUGCCUCUCUCUGGCAAGACGAGCACUUCCAACUACCUGGCCAGGGUAGUCACCAGUCAUCUCCUAGACUCUUCACCAGCUGUUGGAGCAGCCUGCGAUGAAUCCUGUUCCGUGUCAUAACAUGCACUUUGUUACAUCGUAUUCUUAAAAAAGACUGGAUGUUCAAGUCUGGCUAGAUUUUUGAAAGUAUCCUUCAUCAGGAAAGUCUCUAGUUAUUUCCUAGACCAGCCGUUGGAGCAGCCAGCGAUGAAUCAUGUUCUCUGUCAUGACAUGCACUUUGUGAGAUUGUAUUCUUGAAAAAGACUGGAUGUUCAAGACUUCAUUGGUUGUCUAAAAGUAUCUUUUGUCAUGAAAAUCUUUAGCCAUCUCCUAGACUCUUCACCAGCCGUUGGAGCAACCAGCUAUGAAUCCUGUUCCGUGUCAUAAUAUGCACUCAGUGAGAUUGUAUUCUUAAAAAAGACUGGAUGUUCAAGACUUCAUUGGUUGUCUAAAAGAUACUUUUGCCACAGUGGUCACUGCUUAUCUCCUAGACUCUUCACUAGCUCUUGGAGCAGCCAGCUAUGAAUCCUGUUCUGUGUCAUAACAUGCACUUUGUGAGAUCGUAUUCUUAAAAAAGACUGGAUGUUCAAGUCUUCAUUGGUUGUCUAAAAAGGAUUUGGGACACAGUGGUCACUAGUUAUCUUGUAGACUCUUCACCAGCUGUUGGAGCAGCCAGCGAUGAAUCCUGUUCCGUGUCAUAAAAUGCAUGUGAGAUCGUGUUCUUCAAAAGACUGGAUGUUCAAGUCUGGUUAAAUUUCAAAAAAAGUAAUUUUUUUGUCAAGAAAGUCUCUAAUCAUCUCCUUUACUCUUCGCCAGCCAUUGGAGCAGCAAGCGAUGAAUCAUGUUCUGUGCCAUAGAAUGAACUUUUGAGGGGGAUUUGUUGGAAGAUACUGGAUGUACAAGUCUUUAUUAGGUGUCCAAAAGAUGUUUCAACCAUGGUGGUCACUAGUUAUCGCCUAGACUCCUCACCAGCCGUUUGAGCAGCCAGUGAUGAAUCGUGUUCUGCAUCAUAGAAUCAAAUGGGGAAGUGCAGAUAGUGGAAGAGGUUGGAUGCACAAGAUUAGGUUGAGAUUGUAAGAGUGAUUUUUGUCUGCUUUAUCUUCAUAAACCUAGCUUAGUUGCCAAAGAGUGAUUAGACCUAGAUAUUCUGCCAGGCCGUGGGACAAGAGAUGGAGAAAGGUUCUGCUAUGAUAAGUAUAGGUUGGAUGGGCAUUUGAUUUAUAUUGAGUGUUCUAUUAGAAAUGUCUUCUUGAUACAGUAGUCUUAUACCCAGACUUGUAUUUGGCAGCUCACCCAGGAAGCUAUACUGGGA